CUUCUUCACACAGGUGGCAGCUCAGUUUUAGAGGUUCGAACACUGUUUGUCAGUGGACUGCCUAUGGACGCAAAACCCAGGGAAUUGUAUUUGCUAUUCAGAGCUUAUAAGGGUUACGAAGGAUCACUUCUAAAAAUCACGAAUAAAAACGGAAAAAACACGUCACCGGUAGGAUUCGUCACUUUCAGUUCCAGAACAGCCGCAGAAACAGCGAAACAAGAUUUACAG